AUGGGUUUCUUCAGUGAGGUGAUCUCCGAGGUGGUCGGAGACGCUGUAGACGGAGGAAACGAUUCGCCAUCGGACCCCCCGUAUGUGCAGCCGCCGUGGGUGGCCCGCUGGGACAGCGAGGCUGAUCGUUGGAUCUUCCUCAACGAGGAGACAGGCGAGCGCAGCUGGGAAAAGCCCGUGCUUGAGGAAGCUGCUGAGAGUUGGAACCGCGAGGAGGAUCGCAUGGAGCGCAGAUUCGACGACGGCGUUCAGGAUGUCGAGGAAUUCCCUGAAGAUGCCGCCCGCUGGACGGGCGAGGCUGUCGGGGAGGUAGAGGCUGUUCCUGAUAGGGUGGAGGAAGGCUGGGAUCGGGCGGAGGAGAACGUCGAGGAGGGGUGGGACAGGACUGAGGAAAAUGUUGAGCAAGGGUGGGAUCGAACGGAGGACAAGGUCGAGCAUGGAUGGGAUGAGACAGUGGAUGCUGUUGAGAAUGCCCCGGAGAAUAUUGCCGAGGAUUUCGGUGAGGGCGUAGGCAAGGUCGAGCGGUUUGGGGACAGUGUUGAAGACUACGGGGAGAGAUUGGAGGACAGCUAUGACCAGGGGCGGGAUGAGGCAAGGUAUGACUGA